GUCAUGUGAUCAGCUGUGUCCAAUCACAGCUGAUCACAUGGGACAUGUACACUGAUCAUCAGGGCACUGAUGAUCAGUGUGCCCUGAUGAUCAGUGUGGCCCCAGAAGUGCCACCUGUCAGUGUCCAUCAGUGCCAGCAGUCAGUGCUCAGUGCCACAUGCUGUGCCCAUCAGUGCCACAUCAAUGCCACAUAUCAGUGCAUACCAGUGCACAUCAAUGCCACAUAUCAGUGCCCAUCUGAGCUGCCUUUCAAUGUCACCCAUCAGUGCCAGUCAGUGCCACCUAUCAAUGCCAAUCUGUGCCACCUAUCAGUGCCAGUCAGU